GACGGGCCCGAGGCGGGCGCGCCCGGGGUGGCCGUGGCCCCCGGCCCGCUGCCGCUGCUGGAGCCCGACGUGAGCCCCCCGCCGCCGCCUCGGCCAUCGCCGCCCGACGUGUUCGCGGGCUUCGCGCCCCACCCCGCGGCCCUGGGUCCCCCGACGCUGCUGGCCGAGCAGAUGAGCGUGAUCGGCAGCCGCAAGAAGAGCGUGAACAUGACCGAGUGCGUGCCCGUGCCCAGCUCCGAGCACGUCGCCGAGAUCGUGGGUCGCCAGGGGUGCAAGAUCAAGGCUCUGCGCGCCAAGACGAACACGUACAUCAAGACGCCGGUGCGUGGGGAGGAGCCGGUCUUUAUCGUGACCGGCCGCAAAGAGGACGUGGAGAUGGCCAAGCGUGAGAUCCUGUCGGCCGCCGAGCACUUCUCCGUGAUCCGCGCCACGCGCAGCAAGGCAGGCGGGCUGCCCGGUACCGCGCAGGGCCCGCCCAACCUGCCGGGACAGACCACCAUCCAGGUGCGCGUGCCCUACCGCGUGGUGGGGCUGGUGGUGGGCCCCAAGGGCGCCACCAUCAAGCGCAUCCAGCAACGGACGCACACGUACAUCGUGACGCCCGGGCGCGACAAGGAGCCGGUGUUUGCUGUGACGGGCAUGCCCGAGAACGUGGACCGGGCGCGCGAGGAGAUCGAGGCCCACAUCACGCUGCGCACGGGAGCCUUCACUGACACCGGGCCCGACAGCGACUUCCACUCCAACGGCACCGACGUCUGCCUGGACCUGCUCGGGGCAGCCGCGGGCCUCUGGGCCAAGGCCCCCAACCCGGGCCGCCGGCCCCCCGCGCCCACGGCCAGCCUCCGGGGGGACGCUGCUCUGGGCACCCCGGGGGGCCCCGAGGCCUUCUAUGCGGGCGGCCGAGGGGGGCCGACCAUGCCGGUGCCGGACGCGGACCCCACCAGCCCCUAUGGCGCCUCGGGCAACGGAGGCUUCACCUUCGGUGGGGACGGUCCGGGGGCCCCCGCGGGGCCACCCGCCCCCGAGGACUGCGACUUCGGCUUCGACUUCCUGGCGCUGGACCUGACCGUGCCCACCGCGGCCACCAUCUGGGCGCCCUUUGAGCGGGCCCCGCCCCUGCCCGCCUUCAGCGGCUGCGCCGCCGUCAACGGGGCCCCCGCGCCGCCCGCCCCGGGCGCCCGGCGCAGCAGCGGGGCUGGCACACCACGACACUCGCCCACGCUGCCCGAGCCCGGCGGCCUGAGCCUGGAGCUCCCGCUGGCCCGCCGCGCUGCGCCCGACCCGGUGGGCGCCCUGCCCUGGCGGCCCCCGCAGGGCUCCCUGGCAUCCUUCUCGAGCAGCGCCAGCUUCUCCACGGCCACCUCGCUGCCCGGCAGCUCCUCGGCCUCCUCGUGCUCCGCGCUGGACUCGAGCGCCUCGGAGAGUGGCCGCAAGCCCCAGGCGGCCCCGGCCCCCAACGCCCCCGCCUCCACGGCCCUGGCGCGGGAGUGCGUUGUGUGUGCAGAGGGUGAGGUGAUGGCCGCGCUGGUGCCCUGCGGCCACAACCUCUUCUGCAUGGACUGCGCCGUCCGCAUCUGCGGCAAGAGCGACCCCGAGUGCCCAGCCUGCCGCACACCUGCCACCCAGGCCAUUCGCGUGGAGACAGCGACCCGGCGGCCCAGCGACACCUCAGUUCUUAACAAAUGACAGUAUUGAGUCGACAGGUUAAAAUAAACCAGAGAGAAAAGGCCUGCUUGCACUUUUUAUUUAAGACACCCCCCCCCCCUCCCCAGGGUGAUCUUUUUAAGGAAAAAAAAACAACACGAUUUUUACAACUCUCCCAGUUGUCCUUUUGUACGUAGCUGAUACCGAUUUGACAGUGUUUGUUUUCCCACGGCCUCAACCUCUGCAGAAACUUCCAGAAGGACGGCUCCCUUUUUGGGGCCAACUGGUUACCCUUUAGUAUGUAAGCCGCGCGCAGGCUUGAGGGGGGCUGGGUGG